UUCUGACUCACAUGGCUUGGGAGCCGCCUGGGACCAGAGCGCCAGCAGCACGUCGGGGCAUGUCCGCUCUGUGAGACCAUGGCGCUUGGGACCACUCACUGCCUUCUCAUCCUCUACCUGGGUCUGGCCCUGCUCACCUCCAUCAGAAAUUCCUUUUGCAAUGAAAACGACACCGAGUGCCUCUCACAUUCCUGCCAGAACAAUUCCACCUGCAAGGAUGCGUCAGAAGACCACAGUUGCCCUUGCGCAGACACAGCCCUUCAUCUGGGCAAAGGCUGCGACGAGGAGCCAGACCCCUGCGUCUCCAGCCCCUGCCCCGGCGACGCCACGUGCGUGAGCGCCCCCGGGGAGCGGGGCUUUCUGUGCCGAUGUCCUCCCGGGUCCAGCGGCGCCGCCUGCGACACGGCCGACGAAGCCUGCGGCGCGGGCCCCUGCCAGCACGGAGGCGUCUGCCGCCUCGGCCCCGCGCAGCCCGCCUGCGUCUGCCCUCCCGGGUUUGCCGGAAGCUUCUGCGAGCUGGACCGCGACGAGUGCGCGUCCAGCCCCUGCCGCAACGGCGCCGUGUGCCGGGACGGGGCCAACGGCUACGCCUGCUUCUGCGUCCCGGGCUACCAGGGCCGCCACUGCGACGUGGAGGUGGACGAGUGUGCGUCACAUCCCUGCGGGAACGGGGCCACGUGCCUCAAUGAGAUCGGGAGAUACGCCUGCCUGUGUCCCCGCCCUUACUCGGGUGUAAACUGUGAGUUGGAAAUUGACGAAUGCUGGUCCCAGCCCUGCCUGCAUGGUGCGACGUGUCAGGACGCGGUGGGGGCUUAUUUCUGUGACUGUGCCCCCGGAUUCCUGGGCGAGCGCUGUGAAAUCAACACCGACGAGUGUGCCAGCGAGCCGUGUCUCCACGGAGGGCUGUGCGUGGACGGAGCCGACAGCUACAGCUGUAACUGCACAGGAAGUGGAUUCACAGGGACGCAUUGUGAGACCCCGGUGCCUCCGUGUUGGUCAAAGCCCUGUCACAAUAAUGCGACAUGUGAGGACGGUGCUGACGGUUACAUUUGUCACUGCUGGCCUGGAUACACGGGUGCCCAGUGUGAGACCGACGUGGACGGAUGCAGCAGCCACCCCUGCCAGUCGGGCGGGCAGUGCGUGGCGCUGUCCUCGGAGACCGCGCGCGGGCGCGAUACAAGAGUGUGCUUGACCAAUGUAUCUGCGGAUCCAAACAGGAGAGGCUGUGAAGUGUUCCAGGAGAGUGUGUUGGCCUUGAUUUCUGAAGAGCAGACAAGAAAGAAGUCGUGA